AUGGCAUUGAGGUGCCCCUUGUGGCAGAGAUCACGACUCGGUCGACUCUCUCUCCUCUGCGUCCCGAACUAUGCAUCGCCAGCCGGACUUGAUGCCUCGGCCACCUUCCCCCGUCGCCGUCAAAUGGCCUCCCUGACGCAGCCAGGUGCCGAGGCAGAGUCGAUGCCACCCCACGAGCUCGACCACGUUUUGAGCGCGAUGCAGAGGAAAAGCGCACCGCAAGUCUAUGACGCCUUUGUCGCCUGGACGAAGAUACUCGACGACCCAUCAUCCCCCCUCCACGAAUCCUUUGUACGCCAAGUCCAGGAGCUCCCGGGUCCAACCUUCUCCGAGAUGCUGCGCAGUCUCGAUCCGACAAACUCGUCCCUCCACGACGUGGCCCACGGUCUCAACAUCAUGCAAGGACAGACUCGGUUCGUUGACUUUGGAGAUCUGGUGGAUCAAUACGGGGUUCGAACUCAUCAUCGCAACGUCCUCGACGGUAUGCAGGCAUUGAUGGCCCUUCGAAGCCAAUCUCGCCAUGGUCUGACGGCCAGCGACUACGAAAUUUUCAUGCGCUGCGCCGGCGCUGCCGUCGAUUACCAGGCAAUCAAGGAAGCCUGGAACGGCAUGGCCAAGGAUGGCCUUCAAGAGACGCGGACGGCAAAGACUUGGACCGAAUUCAUCAAGGCACGGUACAUGACAGAGCCGACCUACUAUCAGUUCGAUCGAUCACGAGUUGCCGUCCAAGCGCGAGACAUGUACAGGAAUCGCUUGCCGUUACCAAUGGCCGCUUUGAAACGCAUGGACCGCGUGCGCAUGAGCAUCAAUGCGUUGAAGCGAGAGCCUUGGAACCGGAGACCCGACGAGCCGGAAGAGGACCUCCGACGGCUUCUCCGCCGCCGAGCUGACUUUAGAGGCUACAGAGGCCACUGGAUACGUGCGCUGUACUACGGUCAUGAGAUGGACGAGGAGCUGCUGUGCGCAUCCAUGAUGGCCUUUGCCCGCUCCAGCUCCCUACACGCCAUCGAGACGAUGAUUCUCAAGGCGUACUACGGCAUCAACAUCCGAGAAGCGGCAGCCCAUGCGGCUGACCCCAUCGUUUCAGGCGGCAUCGACUUCCCGUCCGAUUCUCCCACACGACCGACCGAGCGCCUCCUCCACUGCAUCGUCGAGGCCUUUGGGUCCAUGUCCCGCAUCCGGCUGGGGACGAAGCUCGUCGACUUCAUCUCGCGCCGCUACGGCAUACCCAUAUCCCACGAAACGUGGUCGAACCUCCUCAGCUGGACCUACCUCUGUGCCUCCAAGCCUUUCCAGCCAACUCGGAAGCUACUAGGCGACUUCGAGGAAGGUGUCGCGACGGCGGCAGACGUACGCGAAGUCUGGAGGACGAUGACUUCCGCACCGCACCGGAUGCAGCCGGCAUUCGAGGAUUACGACUCAUACAUCAAGGCCCUCAUCCACCAUCGGUCAUUCCGCCCCGCGAUCGAGAUGAUUCGGGAAUACGCCGUGCCGCACUACAACCGCGUCGUCGAAGAAUACCAGAGAGCAGUGCUGGACGAGGUUCUGCAGAACGACAUGGAGCCAUUCUCCACCGCUCAAGCCGACACCCGCAGUCGGCGCAAAAAGGCGCAAAUCCGCAAAGACCACGUUCAUAACUGCAUCGCCGCCUGGUUCAGCAAGCUGCUGAAGACGGCAUCGGCCAACAAAAGCCACCGCGGUGGCAUCGUCAUGCGCGUCCUCAUUCCCGACCUCAUCCGCGAGUUCCCCGAGUUCUUCCAGCAUCAGGUCCGCUACCGCACUGCCCAGGGCAUCGUCAACCUUGAACGCGCCGAUGCCAUCUGCCGCUUCGACUGGACAAAGGUGCGCCGCACCAUCCUCCCGCAAAAGGUGGCCAGCUUCCGCGUCCGCGAACUCGAGGCCACCGAUGAGCCUGACUUUGAGUGGCCCCGGGUCCCAGCCAUGAAGGUCUUUGAGUGGCAGCGCAAACCGAAGAGGAGACUCGAUAGGAUUGGGAGAGCGCCGCAAAACGAGGACAAGCGGGCGUGGUGGAAGAGGUUGGAACAGGACCUGAUUCUGUAA